AUGACUUCGGUUGUCCAGCCUAUGGACCAGAGGAUCAUAAAGAACCUAAACAAUUUGUACAGACGUUUAUUGGUUGAGUACGUACUGAUUGAAGAUUGUGACGCCCUAAAAAUCACGUUAGACAUUCUUCAAGCCUCUCGCAUGUGCAAGAAAGCUUGGGACAAAGUAAUGCCCGAAACGAUCAAACAUUGCUUUAAAAAAUCUGGUUUUGUAAAAAAGGAGGACAACGCCGAAAAAGCCAACGACAUUAUAGCGGAAGCGGUACAUUCAGUUGACGGCUGGGAGGACGUCAUUACUGACCCUGCGAGUAAAAGAGCUGCCCCCGACCCUGCCAUCUCUUUUGAAGAUUUUGUCAAGGUGGAUGAAGAUGUUGCAGUAUGUGGUGAGAUAAUAGACGCGGAGAUCAUCGCUUAA